UUCCACGAAAACUCGGUGCUCCACUACUAUAAAGAUCCGCCCACUUCUCCUUCUCUCCCUGAAUUGGUCAUUCUUGACAGGGAGGUCGAGAAAGUGAGAAAGAGACAUAGAGAGCGAGCGAGCGAGAGAGAGAGAGAAGGAGAGAGAUGGGAACAUUACCGUCGCCAGGCACAGAUGUGGGAAAAUGGCUGGGUUUCGUGACAGCGGUAUGGGUGCAGUGCAUCUCCGGCAACAAUUACACCUUCUCCAACUACUCGGACGCCCUCAAAUCCCUCAUGGGUCUCACACAGCUGGAGCUCAACAACCUCUCGGUCGCCAAAGACAUCGGAAAGGCCUUCGGCCUACUCGCCGGCCUUGCCUCCGACCGCCUCCCCACUCCCGUCCUCCUCCUCAUCGGCUCCAUCGAAGGUCUCAUCGGUUACGGCGCUCAGUGGCUCGUCGUUCGACAGACCAUCCCUCCUCUACCUUAUUGGCAGAUGUGCGUGUUCCUCUGUAUGGGCGGCAAUAGUACAACGUGGAUGAACACGGCGGUUCUCGUGACCUGCAUCCGCAACUUCCGCCGGAACCGUGGUCCUGUUUCAGGGAUACUCAAGGGCUACGUGGGACUCAGCACCGCCAUCUUCACCGAUCUCUGCUCCGCGCUUUUUACCGAAGACCCGGCCUCUUUCAUCCUCAUGCUAGCCGUCGUUCCAGUCGGCGUCUGCGCCAUCGCUAUGAUCUUCCUCCGUGAGACUCCUCCAUCCUCAGCUGCCGCUGAUGAUGCCGAGAGUCGAUAUUUUGGAUGGAUCAACGUGGCAGCGGUGGUCAUCGCGGUUUAUCUCCUCGUCUUCGAUUUAACCGGAGAUCACGGAGUUAUCAUCUCCCGGAUCUUCUCCGUGGGUCUGAUCGUCCUUAUCGCCGCCCCCGCCAUCGUACCAGCGUUCCUCUGGUUUAAGGCUCGAUCAGCCUCCAUGCGAGCGGCUAAUUCGGAUCUUGAGGUGGCCAGAAGCCAUAUCCAGGAGCCGCUCCUCGCUGGUAGUAGAGCCGAGGAGAACUCUUCGCCGGCUGAAGCGGCGGAGAAUGGGACUCAGGCAAAGGGUUUACGGAGGAAACCGGGGAUCGGAGAGGACCAUACCAUAUGGGAAGCGACUCGGAGAUUGGAGUUCUGGAUAUUGUUCGUGUCGUUCCUCUGCGGCGUAGGAACGGGGAUGGCUGUGAUGAACAAUAUGGGGCAGAUGGGGCUCGCUAUGGGCUACUCCGACGUCUCCAUGUUCGUCUCUCUGACCAGCAUUUGGGGUUUCUUUGGCCGCAUCGCCUCUGGCUCUGUCUCUGAGCACUUCCUCAAGAAGAGUGGAACACCCAGACCUCUUUGGAAUGCAGCUUCACAAAUUCUCAUGGCAGUAGGAUAUGUAGUGAUGGCCUUGGCCUUGCCCGGAUCUCUCUACAUUGGCUCCGUUGUUGUCGGCAUAUGCUACGGUGUCCGACUCGCAAUCUCCGUCCCUACCUUAUCCGAGCUCUUUGGACUAAAGUACUAUGGCCUUCUCUACAACGUCCUCAUCCUAAACCUACCGCUCGGCUCUUUUCUUUUCUCGGGUCUUCUUUCUGGUUUCCUUUACGACGCUCAAGCCACCAAAACUCCUAGCGGCGGAAACACUUGUGUCGGCGCACAUUGCUAUCGGCUUGUUUUUGUGAUCAUGACCUUUGCUUGCAUUGUUGGGUUUGGAUUAGAUGUGUUAUUGGCAAUGAGAACAAGGAAUGUUUAUUUAAAGAUUCAUAUGAGCAAGAAGUUGAAGAAGAGUGGUAGACAACAGCAGCAGCAGGCUAUUAAAAGUUGAGAUAAUUAGUCAAUUUGUUUGGGUUGUAUAGUACUAGUUCUUGUUAUUAGAUCUGGAGGUCUGAUCUUUCGGUUAUUGCGUUAGAAUUUAUGGAAAAGUGGAGGAGGUUGAUGCAAAAGUGGAGCUAGCGUUGGAUCAGCUGAGAUGAAUUCUUUUAUUUGCGCAAUAAGUGAGCAGUUAAAUUGUUUAAGGGAUUCUUCUUUAGCUGUUUGAAGUUGAAAAUAUGUUUUUAUAAUUUUGUGUGUAGUAAGAUUCAUCGUA